CUUUCCUGCAAAGGAAACAGCAGUAACUGAUUACCCAGUCGCCAAGAGGAAUUCUUGUGAGCGCGCACCUCUGUGUGCCUUUGCUCUCCACUUUCAGGAGAGGACUUUAAUCACAGGACAAGGACGGGUCACAGCGAGCCGUGUGAUGCUGGCCUGCUCACACGUGGCCGUUGACACCAGCAGGCUGUACUCAGACUUCGAGUACACAAGAGCUGCUAGGACCCACACCCACCCUAACUGCUCUCAGAGAGUCUCUGCUCACCUUGCCGUGGGAGAGCUGGGCCCUGGCUCCCUCACACAUGGGGGCAGACGCCCCCCUGCUGGCACUGUGUCCCGCCUUCAGGCCUGGGAGCUCUUAGCUUUCUGCCAGCAGGGUUUUCUGAGUCUACAAAUCCCCAUGCCGCAGGAGCACAUACAGAUGACUGGCACGGUGCUGCCGCCGGGCCAUGGAGGACGCGGCCUGUCUGCCGCGAGUGGGAGCCCCAGCUCUCCUGAGCCUCGGGCACUUACAGACACGAAGGCUUUUUGCUCAAGGGCUCGACUCCUGUUCCUGCUGAACUGAGCCAGUGUGUAAAAUGAGAACUGAUAUCAGCUCAGUAGGCACCGGAGGGCGGGUCCAAUCGACAGCCCGGAGAAGCAGCGCCUCAGCUGGGAGCUCCGUGGGCACCGUCCGUGGCGCAGGAGAUGCGGAGGCCUGGACUGCAAAUACAAGAGAGAGUUCACCGCGCCCAGAACAGGAGCGCCUCCGAAAGCCCCGCCCGCCCCACUCACAGCAUGAACCACCACGUGAUUUCACCCGACUGAUGGGAUGCAUUUGGUUUCAGUUUUUUGUAAGAAUAAUUUUUGCAACUUUCAAUACAUUUGACCUUUCAGACAGAUGUCCGAUUAGUGGAUGUUUCUGUGGACAGACUUAAGGACUGAGUACGCGGCUAGCAUUCCCAGCAGGAGAUAGUGCAUCCUUCAGGCCAAGUGGUCUCUCAUCCUCCAGGAUCGCGCUCGGCACCCAAGCUGACUGUGCAGCAGCGGCCCGCCCGUCAGCAACAGCCUCUGCCCCAGCGGCUCCAACUUAACUGUCCCCAUCUCACCUUCUCUUCAGGUGCAGAACUUAGCCACUGUGAACAAAGCGGAAACCAAUCACUGU